UGGCAACUGGAGAGAAUGUAAACAUCAUCAAUUCUCCUUUUGUGGAUGAAGAUGAGCCAUUGUUGAGCAUUCGUUUUAUCAAGGCAAACAAAAAAGGUCCAGAAUUCAAGACAACAUACAACAACACAACUCAGUCAAUCACAGUGGAGUUCUCUACUUUGGACAUAGUUCUUCAUCAGGGAGUCUUGCUCAGCUUGUUGGAGUUCUCUAAGAAAUUUGAGGCAAUAGGGAAGCAGCCCAGUAAUGUUCCAGACAUGCAGAAAAGAGCAGCAUCAACUAUUUCUCUCAUCUCUCAAAGGAGCUUUGUGUUCACUGAGAGAAACAAGCCACAUGCAGACAUCCAGUUGCUAAAAGUCAAGGCUAUAGUGGACAACAUUCAGCUUGGUUUAUGCAAUGCAAAAUGUGUCAUCGUGCAUUCCAGAGUAGAAGGCAUUGAGUUUAGCAUCGGCAUGCAACAUCAAACAACAGGUGUUACAUCCCUCAUGAGGAAAAUUGAGGUCACAGAUCCUGAUCCUAUGACGUACCACCCCAAGAUCUUCUCAGUUCAGGGAACAGACAUGUUGAGGCUGGAGCUGACCCACUUUAAGAACCUGGCCAAGGAUAUUAAUAAUGUGGAUGCUAUACUGUCCCUCCAUUUGGGCAGAGCUCAGAUAGUGUUUGUCAACAAGUUUUGCAUGUCCAUUGUGCACUUCUUUGACAAUUUUGCUGUUGCGAAAGCCAAGUUGGACGAGGCUAGAAGACUUGUGCAGGAAGCUUCUAUGGAUAUGGCCAAAAAUCUGCAAGAGAAUGUUCCUCAUGUGAAAUUAGAGGUCAUGAUUAAAGCACCAUUGAUUGUGGUGCCUCAGAACUCCCGGAGUCAGAGCGUGCUGAAUGUCCAUCUGGGGGAUGUUACAGUACACAACAGGUUUGAGCAUGGAGCCAUUAAGACCAAGAAGGAUAACUGGUUUGUUGAAAAUAUGAUAGUCAAGCUGACAAAUCUCUGCAUUUCCAGAGGUAUUGUCCAGCAUGGGGCCGGCAGCACUGCAGCAGAGAUCAUACUGCUAGAGCCCCUGUCAUUCAUAGUUGACAUCCGCAGGAACCUGUCCUGUGCCUAUUAUCAUGACAUCCCCAGCAUAGAGGUCAAAGGAGUGCUGGAAAAAAUUGAUAUCAAGCUAAACCAGGAGGAUGUUCGACUGAUGAUGCAGAUUGCCACUGAAAAUGUCGAUGAGAGAUAUGCAGAUGGACCUACUUCAGCCAAGGCAAAACUGGUCAUAGUACGUGACAGACGUGUGUCUGCUAGACCACGAAGUCCCUCAGUUGCUUCCACUGUGUCUGUACUACCAAGAGAGAUAUACUGCUCCCUGAAGCUGGACUUCAAGUUGCUGGCUAUUAACAUUGAGCUCUACCGAGGCCUUGUCAAUCUG